GUGCCUCAGAGCAGGACGGCAGCGCUGGCGUGGGGAUGGAAUGCUUCACCCUCCCUCCCUUCCGCCCUCUCUCUGUCCUGUUUCUCUUUCGUGCUCGGCGUGCCGUUACGGGAGGGCCCUGUGGCGGAGGGACCCUUUUUCCUCUGAAUCUGAAGGACACCCCGCGCUUCUGUCCCGCGCAGGAAGGGUGUCCCCAGCCCUGUGGCAGAGGGUGAUGCUCCCUAGGCGGGGGACAGCUUCCCCUCAGCGCUGCCUGGGUGCCCUGAGUCCCCAGUCCCGCCGCGGGAGCCGAGGGGCUCCCUGUGUGUCAGCAGCCCUGUGUGGGCUGGUGGUGCCUCCUGGGAGGGCUUGGACGUGGAGCUCUGAGGAAAGUGCCGAUAGCUAAAGACGACGUUGGAAGACUCUCUUUGUGCGCGGUCCGGUGCUGUCCUCAGACCUGCUGCUGGUUUAUCUUCUGUCAUUACAGGUACACCAUGCAAUAUUUAUGAAUUAAAUCAAGAAAGCCCAUUACAUUACAUGGACUGAAUUGUAGCAGAAAAUAAAAUUACCUACAAGAAAAAUAAUUCCUGUGGCUUCUGACUGGGCACUAAUACAUCUUUGUGGAUAGAGUAUACAGGAGUGACUUCCUUUCAGAGCAUGAGGUUUUGGAUGCAGUCUGAGUCCAAGAAGUAUGAAGAAGAGAUACCUUCUCUACACUGGGGGAUAGAUCCUGUAUUUUCUGCAUUUGCAAGACUCUAUAUUAAAGAUAUUACAGAAAUGAGAGAGUCUAAACAGGUGCCAGGUAUAUUCUUUUAUAAUGGACAUCCUGUAAGACAGGUGGAUGUCGUUGGGAUAGUGGUUCAAACAAAGGAGCGAGAUGCCUUUUAUAAUUGUGGAGUGGAUGAUAGUACUGGAGUUAUAAAUUGUGUGUGCUGGAAAAAUCCCAUGGUAGCAGAAACACCUUUAUCAGGUCAUCAAAGCACACCCAGCAGUCUCAGUGUGUUUGAACAGAUGAAGAAACUCCAAGAAACAGUAAGCCAGAAAACCAAGCUGGAGAUUGGAGAUGUUGUCAGGGUCAGAGGUUACAUCCGAACCUAUAGGCAACAAAGAGAAAUUCAGGCUUCAUGUUUUUAUAAAGUGGAUGAUCCCGUGUGUGAUGUCCAGAUUUCAAGAAUGCUGGAGCUCCCCUGUCUCUAUAGAGAAGUUUAUGAUAAACCUUUCAAGGGCCCUGAGGAAGCACAGAGUGGCUUGGAGGGUCAGAAUUCCCCAAUCCAUAUGCUGCAUGUGAAAGUGCAAGGCUUUCUAUUAGAAAACAAAAUUCAGACCUUUUACCAGCAGGAGUUGGAGACAGUUGAUUCUCUGGUGUCUCUGGCUGGUGUGCAUCUCCCCAGCCCCAGCUGUCAAGAGGUGGGGUCAAAAAGUUAUUCCAGUUCCAAAAGGAUUCACAAUGUUUUUAAGGAAGCAAUAAAGUUACUACAAGAAAAAGGAGUAGUUUUCCAGAAACCUAGCAGCUCCAAGGACUUAUACUAUGUGACUGACCAUGAUAAGGAGCUGUUUAAAGUGACCCUUGAUGUGAUUAAAGAAGACUGUCGAAAACCCAGGCAUGCUGAAAAAGGCUGCCAUUUCCUUCAUGUCCUGAGCUGUGUUCGGCAGAGCUACCUCCCCUCUCUGGCUGAAGUGGUGAUGCACCGUGUCUUGGAGCUGCUGGAGAGUAACAGUGAUGUUGUCAGCACGAUGGAAGGAUACUUUAUGGUAUUUUGAAGAGAAAAGAUAAGAAAGAGAAGUUGAGGACUGUGAGAAGGUGUCUAGAUAGCUGUCUAGAUGAUCUAGAUUGUGGAUAAAAAAAGAGCCUUUUGAUUCGCCAAAUGCUGUUUUUGUCCAGCUUCAGAGAAAUUGUUCAAGUAAUUGUUUUAAUAUUCUAGCUGACUUCCUUGCUAUUCUAGUGAGAGUGGUAUCAAACUGAUUCUGGGCAUUCUAAUCCAGCAGAGGAAGUGGAAAAGAAACUGUGUUCUUCCCUUGGAGCAGGAUGAGACAUUGACCAUCCUCACAUCUGCAUCCAGUGGGCCUAAAGAAAAAUCACUCCUCAGGAUCACUGGUUAUAGCAGUGAUCAUCUCAUGAGGUAUUUUUCUGGCUUAAAGACUGAUCUUGCAAGUUUCAUAUGGUAAAAGCUGUGGAUCUUUCUUGUUAUGUGAACUUCAUAACACCUAGGGAAAGGACACACAAUCAGAAGGAUUUGCCUGUCCUUCCUGGCAGUGCUGGUGCAUCUUUGUGAAUAUGCAUUCCUCAAUCUGGACAGCUUUCCCACUCCUAAAGAAUCCUCACCACUCUCUGUAAAGUAAUAUUCAGGAAUGGGGUCCUGCAUCCCUUCCCCAUCCUGCAGCCUUGCCCACUGGUUGUCAAGCAUGCCUGCAUUCCUCUGCAUUCCCAUCUGUGCUACCGAUGCCUGUUGUUGUGCCUUCUCUUCAGACCAGAAUUUCCAAAAUCAGCUACUGUUUUGCUGUUUCACUUGCUUCCUACAUCACAAAUGGUAAAACCUGAAUUAGAUGCUUUGGGAAAGAAAAUACAGAAGCCAUUGAGACCCA